AUGCUGCCCACGCCGUCCACGUCGCACGUCCCGUUCGACCGUGUCUACGAGCCGGCCGAGGACUCGUUCUUGCUGCUGGACACGCUGUCGGCGCCGGGCGAGACGCAAUUCCUCACGCAGCGCUUCCAUCAGAGCGCGGCGCCGGCAGUGGUCGAGGUGGGCAGCGGGUCGGGCGUGGUGCUCGCCUUCGUCGUCCGCCACGCAGCGACAAUCCUGGGCCGGACGGACGCGCUGGCGCUGGCGGUCGACAUCAGCCAGUUCGCCUGCCGGGCCACCUGCGACACGGUGCACGCCGCGCGCGACCCAGGCGCCGCCGUCUUCCUCGACGCCGUCAACGCAGACCUCGGCCACGCCCUGCGCCGCGGCUCGGUCGACGUCCUCAUCUUCAACCCGCCCUACGUGCCCACGCAGGCCCUGCCCGACCGCGCCAAGCACGACGACUACAACCGCCUCUCGGGCCACACCACCUUCGAGCAGGACUCGUACUUGCUGGAGCUGGCCUACGCCGGCGGCGUUGACGGCAUGGAGACGACCGACCGCCUGCUGGACCAGCUGCCCGACCUGCUGCAUCCCGCCCGCGGCGUGGCCUACAUCCUCCUAUGCGCCCAGAACAAGCCGCUCCAAGUGCAGCAGCGCGUGCGCAGCUGGGGGCCUGCCUGGGCCGCCGAGCUGGUGGGGAGCAGCGGCAAGCAGGCUGGGUGGGAGAAGCUGCAGAUCCUGCGUAUUUCGCGAGUGCAAUAG